CCUCUUCCGAUUUCGUAUCACGUGACAUCCCUCGUCCCUACACAACAUGGCGGCUUCCAUGUUGCUCCCCGCGGCGGCUCCGGAAAAGUUGGGCCAUAAAAAAUACAAAGCUAUUCUGAAGAAAGAAAAACGAAAGAAAAAGAGACAAGCACUUGCCAAAUUAAGAGAUUCAGAAAUCACAGAAAAAAGUGAACCACUGUCUGAAGAGGAGGAACUGGAAGAAGAGGAAAAACAACUUGAGGCUGAAAGGCAAAAACUACAUGAGGAAUGGUUGCUGAGAGAAGAAAAGGCUCAAGAGGACUUCAGACUCAAGAAGGAAAAGGAAGAGGCCAUGAGAAGACUUCAGGAGGAAGAGGAGAGAAAGAUAAAAGAAGAAUGGGAAGAACAGCAAAGGAAGGAGAGAGAAGAGGAGGAGCAGAAGCAACAGGAGAAGAGAGAAAGAGAGGAAGCUGUGCAGAAGAUGCUGGAUCAAGCUGAAAGUCAGCUGGAAAAUGGCGCUACCUGGCAUAACCCAGAACCCCCAGAGAACAUAGGAACGGAGAAAGAUAGAGCUAAUUGCCCGUUUUAUAUCAAAACAGGAUCCUGCAGAUUUGGAGACAGAUGUUCCCGCAAACAUAACUACCCAACAUCUAGUCAGACGCUUCUGAUCAGAGGUAUGUUUGUUACGUUUGGGAUGGAGCAGUGUAGAAGAGAUGACUAUGAUACAGAUGCAAGUCUUGAAUACAGUGAGGAGGAAACCUACCAGCAGUUCUUAGACUUCUAUGAAGAUGUACUGCCUGAGUUCAAGAAUGUGGGAAAGGUUAUUCAGUUCAAGGUUUGUUUGAAAGACAGAAAUGCCCAAGAGGGAAACACUGCAACUUUCUGCACGUAUUCAGAAAUCCACACAAUGAGUUUUGGGAGGCCAAUAGAGACAUACAUAUUUCUCCUGAACGGAUCAAUCAGUCAGCUAAAAACUCUGAAAGGAGAAACAGAACAGGCCAUCACGAGGACUAUUACAGCAAGUCAAGAAGACGGAGCAGCCCCAGCCCAGAUCAUUCUUACAAAAGAAAUGGAGAAUCAGAGAGGAAAAAAAGUAGCCACAAGAGCAAAAAAAGACGGCGGUCUAGCAGGUCAAGAAGUUGGGAACGAAGGCGGUCACAUAGUAGAGGGAAGAAGAGGAGAGGUCGUAGUCGCAGCAGAAGCCGUAGUUGUACACGUGGUCGUAGUAGAAGCCGAACUAGAAGCUCCUCUCGGUCCAGGAGUCGGGGCAAAAAGAGGUCAAAUAGCAGAGGAAGAAGUAAUGAACCCCUCCCAAAAAAGUGAGAAUUCUUUGAGGAGUUGCCACUUGAGCAACUGUAGUGUUACCAAAGAUACCAUGUGUGCAGUAGAUGACUAUGUACCAAGAAUAAUGUUGUACUGCAUUAGGGUAUAUGUUGUAUUAAAAUGAGUAUGACCCAAGCAGAACUUAAGAGUUUCUAAGAAAGAUGGUACAGAUUUAAUUAUUUAAAUUUACCACAGGGUCAUGGGAAUUCAAUAUUUUGUAUAAAUCCUUCCUGUUGGAUUAGACAACUGAAUGUAUCCUACGAUCAGCUGGAGAUCAGGGAUCAGAUUCUCCCCACCGUGGAAGAAAGCUCCCUGUGUUGCUGCGUGCACACACUUCUUGCGCAGCAAGAAUAUGGGGGUGAAAUUAAGAUUCUGAAUGUCACUUUGCCUCGCCUGCUAGUGACACUGAGCCAAUUCUGCAUGUAUGAACAGCACAGAGGUGGUCCUGCUGAGAGAAGGAGAGGUACAAGCCCGGAGAACAAAAAUACCAAGAGGGAGUGAGUGCACAGGUGGUUGGUUAAGUGGUAGCCCACUUGAUAUUCAAUACUGUGCUCCUUGUGCUAGCUGUAGAGAUCAUGUGCAUGGUUCAGCUGGUUAGCUGGGGCAUAAAUCAAGGCAGUAAUGUUAAGGCAUGGUAAUCUAAAGUGGGUUGUUUUUUUUAAGUGAAGUAAGGGCUAAAGAUUACUACAGGGAUACUAUAAACCAGGGGUCGGCAACCUUUCAAAAGUGGUGUGCCAAGUCUUCAUUUAUUCACUCUAAUUUAA